AUUCAAAACUCAUUGCUAAGUUUUUAUUUGUGCCUGUUGGACGUCUCCUUUUUGUAAACAAAAAUGAAUACUAAAUUGAUAAUAUUUUUGGCAACACUUGUAAUUUUGACUGAUGCCUAUGUCGUCAAAUCACCGAAGGAUCUCAGUUCGGCAGACUCUAAUGCUCUAGACCAGAACUCUCAAUCUUUAUUGCACGCGACGUACGAUGAGAGUCUUUACAUCCCGAUGCGCGUGUCCAGCUGCAGUGAUGGUAUCUGUGACCUCGGCUGCAAGAUACUUGGCUAUCCUCACGGAAGGUGCAUCUCAGCGAAUACUUGCCAGUGUUACUAGUAGAUAAUCUACUCGAGCAAGAAUAUCGUUAUAUUGUUUAUUGAAGGCGACAUUAGACCUAUAUUAGAUUCCGUGUCAAACAUUUAAGAAAUAAAUCUUUUUUCAUA